UCUUUUCAUUGUUUAAAGGAGGAUUGUUGCCAUAUUUCCUAAAGAUGAAGAAUCACACUGCUCAGUGGGCCUUCCCCCUCCUCACUGUGGUUAUCAUUUGGAACAUCAGGGUGUGCUUGAAGCUGGUGGGACUCCCAGACCCCGAUCAUUAAUUGUCUGAUUCCAUGCAGUGGAGACAGCAACACACUAUUAUUCCUCCAUGGUGUUUGGGUUCUGCUUUUCUUUGACUGUGCUUAGUUCUCUUCUCUCCUUGACAAUCUCUGGCCUGAUACAGUGCUGUUAUUUGUUACUGAGAAAGGAAACGAAGGAAAGGAAACUGAAGUGAGGUUGGCUGUCCCUAUUGCCCUGGAUUCGGAUUGUCCUGAGGGGACAGUGUAGGUUACAAUUUUGGAAAGGCCAUCCCUGACUGAAUGAUAGGAGUAACACCCCUGGCCACCGCAUACUAGUGGUUCCCCUAUUUGGCUAUAUAUUAUGAUUAAAUAUUAUAAUAUUUGGAGACCUCUUUUAAAAAGCUGUUUCUUGGGACUUGCUCCCACAGAUUCCUAUUCAGUGUAGUCUGAUUCUGAGUCUAGUCUAGUCGUCGGCGUUGUUAAAAGCUUACACGAUGAUAUUCAUGGGCAUGCAAGGUUAAAGAACACAGCCUAUUAAUGUGCUUUAUAUUUACUUAUAGCACUUAAUACUCUGUGACUUAUCUAACUGGUUUGUUUACUUCUCAACCCCUCCCCUCCAUGAAAGCAUGAGGUGCUGCUUUGGUGGAAGGGCAAGGAAGGCCUAGGUGAGUCAGCACUUUGGGUGUGUGAGAUGAGGGUACAUGAAAGAGAACUAGAAUCAGAGGAACCAAGUCCUGCAGACUUCUGCUGUGCUUCAUCUUUGUCCAGGGGUUGACCUUGUUUGGUGAUCCAUCAUUUUCACGGUCUUGGAUAGGUCUCCAGUUCUUUCUCUAGAUCCUGGCCCGUUAAGUUUCAGGGUCUUACUCAGUCCCCUAUGAAAUAUAGCUGCUCUUUGUUAUUUAUUUUUUGAAGUAUAGUUGAUAUACAAUAUUAUAUUAGUUUCAGGUGUAUGUCACAGUGAUUUGACACUUAUGUACAUUAUGAAAUGAUCAGCAUGAUCAACGUAGUUACCAUCUGUCACCAUACAAAGCUAUUACAAAAUUAUUCACUAUAUUCCCUGUGCUAUAUUUGCAUCCCCAUAACUUAUUUAUUUGGUAACUGGAAGUUUGUACCUUCUCAUCCUCCUCACCUAUUUUUCCCAUCCCCCCAUUUCCCUCUGGCAACCACCAGUUUGUUGUGUAUAUUUAUGAGUUAUAUAGCUGCAAUUUGGAAAGUUUGAUAUAUAAGUGUUUAAGUUUGGGAAUAUUCCUUAUAAAUCUGUCAUUUGUCUCAUGUAGGGGUCUGUGUUUUCUAAAUUGAAAUUCUAGACACUUGGUCUGAAAAGCACAAUUAUAUAAACGUGGAUAGCAGUUCAGAGUAUUUAGGAUGGGGCGUGUGCCAGAAAUUGGAUGUGUGGUUAUCCUCUAAUACAUUGUCUUUGUGAAAUGGUUGUCUAAGAACUUUAGUUCCCCAGAGGAUGGGUUUACUGCCUGAUUUUCUCUUAAAAGUACUAGCUCAACUAUCUCAUUGAUGUUACUGACAACUGUAAUUCCAAGUGAUGUAAGCAAUCACUUUGUAUUUCUCUUAUGAAAGAGGGUGGGAGGUCCAGUAGGUAAUGACAGUCUAAGGUUGUUGGGAUGGACCAUAAAGAAGUUAGAUUGGCUGGCAAGUAGUCUCAAUCAACUUUGGAGAAAGACUCAACAGACCACAAAUUUUACUUUCUGCUUGUCCUUUGAACAUGAAUAUGAAGCAUGAGUAAGGGGUGGACUGACAGAUCAGAAGGAUUUGAAAACAAGACCACUCAAGUUUAAAUUCCUCAUGAAGUAAUCAUAACUGUUAGGUCUGUCUGGACACUGCUUGUUUUCUGUAGGUAGGAUGGAUUGUUGAAGUACAUGGUUAUUCUAGUCUUUAAGAAAAAUAACAUAUGAAGCUUUUAUCUUUUCUUUUUCAGUUAUAUUGCUAUUUAUAAAGUUUUGACCUUCAGCUCAGCUCUGGGAGUGAUUUGCCGUGUUUAAGUUCAUAUAUGUAAACAUCCAGUUAUGGUUUUUUAUUAGUAGUAAAGGAAAUGUUUCUCCUACUAUGUUGUACUGAAAUCUAUGUGUAUCUCAGUAGAAAAUUGUACUCUUGAUUUCAAAUACGUUUUCCUUUACGUUCAGUAUCUUUAACCUAUAUAUCAUGUGCUUAUCUCUGCUGGAGCAGGAAGAAUGGUAUAAAAAUGAAAAAACAUCAACCUAUGCUUUGAAUGUGGCAAGAAGAGAAUAAGGGCUAUUGUCAUGAUUGCUUGAAUGCAGGACUUCACACUGGAAGAAAAGUUAGAUGUAAACUCUAAUUUCUUAGUUGUAUUAAGCAUCUCUUCUUGGGAAUUGGAAAUUUCAAAAAAGAAAAAGGAGUCCCUUGAAGAAAAAUGUGCUUCUUAAAUCAACCCAAGCCUCUCCUCUGUACAAAGAACUCUUCGUGAUACUAGCAGAAAAUAAGCAAAUUAAACUAAAAGCUUAUCUGCAGCUCAGAAGAACAAGGAAAUGGAGUUUUGAGGAGUGGAGGUAGCCUGGCGUCAGCCAUGGGUGAUCAAGACACAGCCAGACAAUGUGGAUCAAUUUCUUCAAACUACGGCUUUUCUGCUGCCUGCUUGCAGUGCUGAUGGUGGUGGUGUUGAUCAUCAAUGUUACUCAGGUGGAGUACUUGGACCAUGAGACUGUUUCAGCCACAUUCAUCGACAGCAGUGGACAGUUUGUUUCCUCCCAGAUGACAAGAAUUAGCCGGAAUCCUUACUGUGGCUAUGAGCAUCAGACUCUGUCCAGCCGGGAGCGCACAGAGGAGGACUCCCUGCUGGCUGCCUUACAGUGGCAGGUGCCUGAUGUGGGUCCAGUCCCCUUUGUAAAGAGCACUGACCCUUCUUCCAGCUACUUUGUUAUCUUGAACUCCGCAGCCUUCUUCAAGGUGGGAAGCCAGCUAGAAGUGCUGGUUCAUGUGCAGGAUUUUCAAAGAAAGCCCAAGAAGUAUGGUGGAGACUACCUGCAGGCCAGGAUCCACUCCCCUAAGCUGCAGGCAGGGGCUGUGGGCAGAGUGGUAGACUACCAGAAUGGGUUUUACAAGGUCUUCUUUACUCUGCUCUGGCCAGGCAAAGUUAAAGUGUCCAUAUCUCUGGUCCACCCCACUGAGGGGAUCAGAGUUCUUCAGCGCCUGCAGGAAGAGAAACCACACAGAGUCUAUUUCAAGAGUCUCUUCCGUUCAGGAAGAAUUUCUGAAACCACUGAGUGCAAUGUGUGUCUUCCUGGGAGUCUUCCCCUGUGUAACUUUACAGAUGUCUACACUGGAGAACCCUGGUUCUGCUUCAAACCAAAGAAGCUCCCUUGCAGUAGCAGAAUUAACCAUUUCAAAGGUGGAUACCUGAAGGGCCUCCUAACUGCUGCAGAGACCGCUUUCUUCCAGAGUGGUGUCAAUAUCAAAAUGCCAGUCAACUCCAGCGGACCUGAUUGGGUGACUGUGAUUCCCAGGAGAAUAAAAGAAACAAACAAUCUAGAACUAUCUCAUGGCUCAGGAACUUUUCCUUCUGGGUAUUAUUAUAAAGAUCAGUGGAGGCCCAGAAAGUUUAAGAUGCGCCAGUUUAAUGACCCUGACAACAUUACAGAAUGCUUACAAAGAAAAGUGGUGUAUUUGUUUGGUGACUCAACAAUCAGGCAAUGGUUUGAAUACCUUACUACGUUUGUUCCAGAUUUAGUGGAGUUUAACUUGGGUAGUCCCAAGAAUGUGGGUCCCUUCCUUGCGGUGGACCAGAAGCACAACAUCCUGCUCAAAUAUCGCUGCCAUGGUCCACCCAUCCGUUUUACAACUGUCUUUAGCAGUGAGCUUCGUUAUGUGGCAAAUGAGCUGAAUGGCAUCGUGGGAGGGAAGAACACAGUGGUUGCCAUAGCUAUAUGGUCUCAUUUCAGCACCUUCCCUUUGGAAGUGUAUAUCCGGCGGCUCAGGAAUAUCCGUCGAGCAGUGGUCCAGCUCCUGGAUCGAAGCCCUAAGACUGUGAUAGUCAUCCGGACAGCCAAUGCCCAAGAGCUGGGGCCUGAAGUGAGCCUUUUCAACAGUGACUGGUACAACUUCCAGCUGGACACCAUCCUUCGGAAGAUGUUCUCAGGGGUUGGAGUGUAUCUUGUUGAUGCCUGGGAAAUGACCCUGGCUCAUUAUUUACCCCACAAGCUACAUCCGGAUGAAGUUAUUGUGAAGAACCAACUGGACAUGUUCUUGUCCUUUGUGUGCCCCUUGGAGACCUAGCUUGCCCUGGAAGGAACUGGAGGAAUCACAUUUUCUGCAUUAGAGACAGUUUAUGGGAGGCCCCAUGGAGAUAUUGCUGCUACCGAUAUGUACAAAAUUUCAGAAAGAGCUGGACUUUAUAUAAUGAUUUGUAAGGAGCUUAGAAAAUGCAGGUUGCAUUUAUAUCUACCUACAGGAUUUAUUCCAAUCUUUACAUAGCCAUGGGAGAACCAUUAUUAACAACAUCUAUGCACUGUAUUGCCCUUGUAACCAAAGAUGCUAAUGAGUGUGUUUAAGUUAGCCUCUCCGGAGAGGGGAGAUUACUAUGCUAAAAACUGAAAAAUGUUCUGACCUAAAUGGUUGGUAGUGGAGUGUUUGUAGCUUAUCUGGUAAGGGCGAUUGUGCUUAUCUGCAUGAAUAGCACCGGUGGGUCCAUCUUCAGUGUGAUGAACUGAUGAGGCUUAUGGUUAGGGGCUCCUGUGACACACUGGAGCCUGCUGUGUCUCAGGAGUUUCUCUUGAUUCACCUUUUUUGAAUUACUUGAAAAGGCCAGUAUCUUUGGUUAGAAUUUUUUAGUGAGAACAUUUACAGUGUUCUGCUUUUAUCUAGAAAAGAAGCAAAAGGGGAAUACGAAAGCGGUUAAUAUGAAAUCUGUGUGUUACACUGAUACUUGCAUUGGGCGGUUGUUACUUACUUGAUUCAGCUAAAUUUUACAUGACGAAUACUUUAAAAUAAUCACUUUUGGAACUGGAAGGGGGAAAUGUAUAAAUGGAAAUUUAUUUUUGUGUUUUGAAGUUUGAGGGUUUUAAGAAUUGACUUUUAUGUAAAGAACGCCGUUGUUUAUUAUAAACUUGUACAACUUACUUCCAUCAAUUUCAAGUGUUUCUUUUUUGGUUGUUAGUUUGGAUCACAUACCAACAUUAGAAAUGAAAAUCUAAUUAGAAGUUAGAUAUUGAGAUCUGUAACAAGUAUUUCUUGAUGGGGACAUAAGGUACACACAUUCUGUCAUGCUUGGAAGUAAAAAACUGCUAUCUUAAGAUACUAUCAAUUUUACUUGACUGUCUUUGCCUUAUUAAUUUUAAAUGGGUUUAGGCUAGCAUGGGGCCAUUUAGUAAGCACUCUUUUCUUUUUGAGCCAGAAUGGAUUACAAUCUAGUUUUAGUUAUCCCUAAAUGGACAUAUGAAGAGACUGGAGAGGCUUUAGAGAUGAAGACUGAUGCUAAAAGCAUUCUCUUAGGAAAAUGGGUCAAGGAAUUUGGAGUUAAGAAGUUUUUUUUAAUGUUUAUUUAUUUUUGAGAGAGAGAGACACAGAGUGUGAGUGGGGAAUGGGUCAAGGAAUUUGGGGUUUAAAAAUUUUUUUAAUGUUUUUUUUAUUUUUGAGAGAGAGACACACACAGAAUGUGAGUGGGGGAGGGUCAGAGAGCAAGAGAGACACAGAAUCCAAGCAGGUUCCAGGCUCUGAGCUGUCAGCACAGAGCCCGACGCAGGGCUUGAACUCAACUGUGAGAUCAUGACCUGAGCCGAAGUCAGAUGCUUAACUAACUGAGCCACCCAGGAGCCCCAAGGAAUUUGGAGUUUUAACUUAAAGAGUGUAGGGGUGCUGGGUGGCUCAGUCAUUAAGCAUCUGACUUUAGCUAGGGUCAUGAUCACUUGGUUCAUGAGUUCGUGCCCCACAUCAGGUGAGCUUGAGGCCUGCUUCAGGGGAGCCCUGCUUCUCUCUCUCCAUACCCCUCAUGGGAUUCUCUCUCUCGGCUCCUUGAUCACUUGCACUCUCUCUCAAAAACAAACAGACAG